UUAUUUGAAUGGACAAAGUGUGAAUUUCGUUAAGAAACGGGGUUGCUCAUAUUCUCAGUGCGUUUAGCAUUGAACACGUGACAGGAAAGCGUUAUUACGUCAAAAGACCAUAAGAGCCAAUCAUGUUCUGAUAUGCAAAUACAGGCCAUUACAGGAGAGUAUAGAAAACCUGUUCAUGAUAACAAGGUAGAAAGCUGAAGUUAAGAAAAUGACGGACUGCAUGUGUCGGGGGUGUUAUGCAGGCUCUGGAGCCUCACUGCAUUAUAUUCCAAAGGAUCCAGAGAUACGACAGAAGUGGAUUGAUUUCAUUUACAAAAACCGCACGGCGCCUAAAUUUAAAAAUCUGGAUCGCAUAAGGAUCUGCAGCUCUCAUUUCACUGAGGAAUGUUUCACUAAUUACCGGCAGAAAAUGAUGGGCUUCGGGAAAAGGCUCAUUCUUAAACCUAAUGCUGUCCCGACCAUAGCUGUGCAGCUGGAGUUCACAGCAGCAGCGAGCAGGACUCGACAGGAAAAACUGGAAGAAACCACAGCUGAAACACGCCUGUGCCCCUUGUGUCAAAGACGUCAAAAGGACAGUGAUGCUCUUUCUUUGCACCUGACUAAAAAACACAGCGUGCAUCCAGCAUGUCUCGAUAACCUACUCAUCACUGCACCUUACGCAAACCGUUCCAGUGGAGGAGUCAGAGAAUCCAGUGCACAAAAUAUCGAUGGCACAUCACAGCAGAAGUCCUGCGAAAACACCAAAUCCCCUUUAAUGGCAGUUCAACAAGAUGGUUCUUCCCAGGAAAAUGAUGCAUGUGCUGAAUCAGUAGUAGGGAACAGAGGAAGCAUCUAUGGUGACACAGAAGCCUCAGUCAAAGAUGAUAAAUCCAAUGAUAAAAGCAAUGCUGCUGCUGAUGGCAAAGUUAACCACACUUUCAAGUGUCACACAUGUCUGGAAUUCUUUACUAAUAAGUCAGCAUUGAAUGCACAUUAUAAUUCAGCCACUCAUAUCCAAAAAAUGAGAACAGGAGCAGGGAAUGAUGGUGAUUCCUCAAUCCCUAUUCUUGCUUACCCUUAUGUCUCUACCAAACCAUACCAGUGUGAUGUGUGCCACGUCUCUUACUUUUAUGCCUUCGGCUUGGAGAGCCAUCUAAAGUCUGUACUGCACCAGAGUCGUACCAGGAAGGCUGGAAAUACUGCAACUAAAUCCAAAACAAAUACAGAAACUGGAAUUGUUGUGGCAAACUUGGCAGGCACCACAGUGGCUAAUGCCACACAGUUAGCUGGUGCUAAGACCUAUAAUUAUGUGACACAAGCAGAGACGGUUCAGCUUCAGCCUGCUUCCUCAUUGCUUCCCACUCCAGUGGUGUCAGCUCAGGCAGUGCCUACAGUUCUUCCUCUCCUAACAUUAGCUCCAAACUCUGUUCCACACGCCAUUGUCCCCUCUGUCUUUCCUCCACCAGGGACUUCAACUACUCAGCUAAUACCCCAACCUCAAAUGCUAAUGCCUCUUAUCAUGAAUGGGCUUCAAACCCAAAGUGCAAGCCCAGAUGGCCCUCAACAAAUUUUGCAGCAAGCUGUGCCAGUCCUUGAUCUCUGCUCAGCACAACAGACUCAAGGACUUGGCUCAAGUGAUACCCAAAGUCAGUCGGCAGCUACUAGAGUCUCCAGUGCAUCUCAGAAAGCUUUAGAAAUGAAUACAACGGUUGAUGGGGUAGGAGUGAAAGUGAAAAUGGAAAUCAAAGAGGAGCCUUGUGAUCAAGCGGUAUCACAGAUGACACCCUGUACAGCAGAUGCUAUUAGUCAGGUGGGUUUAAAACAAGAGUAUAGCAGCAUGUGGGAUGGAAUUGAGGAUAGCAUAGUGUGUGGUGACAAGCAGCAGAGCAAAGCCAAAGGGGUGAGUGUGGGGAAAAAAAGACAACGUUCUGAUGCGAGUUCACGAAAUGUUACCAAAUCCAGUCCUGCAAAAUGCAACCCCUCACAUGCUAAUCUUGUCUUAAUGCCUUCAAGUACCAAGGUUUGUUCAAGCUUGUCCUCAGGACCUCCAGCACUAACCGAGUUUCAGUCUCAGGUUCUGUGGGCCUUUUUCGAGUCGCGAAAUGAAGCUGAUUCUGAAAUUCCACCAAGAGAAGACUGUGAAGCCCUUGGCAGGGAAGUGGGACUAACUGAGGAUGAGGUACGAAAAUGGCUAGUGGACACCCAGGGCACCAAAGACAGGCACCGUGCAGACGUACAGUCUCACUAUGAGAGGCAAGGAAGCACUGAAGAUGACGAAGAUGCUCUAAUGAUUGAUGAAAGUGGGGGAAUGGUUCUCCGCUCCACUACGGACUUCCUUUCAGAUGAAGAGAGUGUAGAUGAUGAACAGACCACAGUGGAUAAAAAGAGAAAGAGGGGCAUGGAUAAGGAGGAUUCAGAGGAGGAAUCAGGAGGGGCAGAGUGCCGGUUUCUACCUUCACUUAGAACAAGCUGAUCCUCCAGGUGACCCUCAAGGUUAUUCAAUCCCUCAUAUAUUGUUGGAGUCAGUGUUUCUGUCAGAGACUAAGCCAAAGCAGUGGCCUUUAUAAAUCCACCAAUUACUUAGCCUCAGGGUCAAAAGUCAUUUCCAACAUCGUUCUAUAUAUUAAACGUUGCUGUGGUAUCUUAUAAUUCAUUACUCACUUGGUUCUGUUUUGGGAGCUGACUGAUGACCACGCACUAGUUUUUCACUUUUUGUUACUUUCUAAUCUUACCACCUCUUCAGCUUUUGUUUCAUUAUGAUUAAUAUGUACAGUAUGUAUGUUAAAUCAUGUAUAAAUAUAUUUAAUAUUAAAAUAAUGCUUUAUAUGGUGUGAAGAUUAAAUUUUUUGCUAUUUGUACUACACAAGCUUGGUUUUUGCUGCGCCGCACUCUUCAUUCAUUCUUUUUUUAAUUGCAUUAUUGACUACAAGUAUGAGUAUAAACAAAUACUACUGGUUCAGCUGGUAUGCAGUUUUUUUUUUUUUUUUAAUUACAGGACAAUUAUACCUAUUCUGUGCAUUUUUCGCAUAGGUUUAUU